AUGGGAAACGUUCAACCUGUUCAUUAUGAUCCAAGCACAGUGAAACAAUUAACCAAAGAGAUAGCUAUUGCGUCUGGUAUUGGUGCUUUGAAAGGUGCAGCCAUUGGGUUAGUAACGGCGUUAUUACUAAGGAAGUUUUCUACCACGUACAGGAACGUGCGGACCCAGGUUCGUGUGUUCUAUCACUGUUCUUGGAUCUCUAUGGGGAUAGUUUUCAAUGCUGAUAAGCAAUUGAUCAAAUUCCAAGACAGAUACUAUGCAGAAGAGAUGAAGAGAAGAGAAAAGAUACUAGAUGAGGCUGCUGAGAGAGGUAUUUUCUUAGAAGAAGAAGCCGCUUCGAUGAGUGUUUUGGAUAAGAAGUGA